AUGGCUGCCAAGUUUUACAUUUGCAUGCUGCUGGUAGUUCUGGUGAGCUCAGCUGUGUACAAUGCACGGCUGCGUCGCCCACAGCGCAAAGAGAAGACCUCCAACCUUCUCUAUGAGAAACGUGGUCCACGUGAGUCUUUUUUGUAGAAGUAGAAAAUGAUACGUUUUUUUGCAUCAAAUGGAAACUCGGAAAAAUUCUGAGCCCCAGAUGGGACUCAGAAAAAAAAUUGUGAGUCCUAGGCCGGUUGCAUAAAACGUUCGUAACAACUACGGGUAUACGUACGUGCACUCGUAACUUACUGUCAGUUGCAUGAAAUCACUUAAGUGGUCCACUUAGGCAAUUCACUUAAGUGGGUGCACUUACGAUUUUCGUAAGUGUUCACUUAAGUGUCGUUUAUGCAACAGAAAUUGCGAGUGUUGCAUAAAACUUUUUUUACGGGAAAAAUAGGACGUAAAUUUACGGGACCUAUGUAGGUCCCGUAUCGUUACUGUUUUUACUAAACUUAAAGAGAUCUUUUACUGAGAAGAGAAAAUCUUUUUUUUUUUCACGUUAUUCGUUCUAAUGCGCUUUGUUAACCUCUGAUGUACACUUUAAAGCCGACGUUGUGAAAAAAGAAGAACUAUCAUUUUCAGGUAGAUAUUGAAGAAAAAAUAACGUCUGCAUGAAAAUUUUCAUUUUUUUUGAGAUGCUUAAAAGUGUUCGAAACGAGUUAAAACUUUCUUUACACUCACUGAUGGUUAGCUUAAAAAAAAGAGUGAGUUAUUAAUGAAGUACUAUAUCAAAGUUAGGUGUGCCUUGAGUGAGCCCGUAAAUUACCACGUAAAACAGUAACUUACGAGAGUGCUAAGUGCGUUCCAUGCAACACACGUAAGUGUACCCAUAACGGAUUCGUAAGUGACCUACUUAAGGACGGUGCCCACUAAUGGGAACUAUUUUUUUCCAGAUAAUGACUAUGACGUGAGACAAGUAGAUCAUAUCAGGGGCUAUUGAAAUCCAAAAGGAAAACUGGGGGUAACCAAGCAUUUUUCAGAGAUAACUGCGCUUCAGUAUGGAGAAAAACGCUGAAUAGGCAUUUUUUAGAAAAUGAUAAAAAGUUAUUUUUUCCCUCAAAUUUCAUAGUGUACACGUAAACUGGCACAAAUGUAGUGAUAAUUUGUAACAAGGUUUCAAAAUAAGCAACAAAUGAUAACAUAACCACCGCUCUUUUUAUACUUUCUUUUUUGAAAUAUCAGCACAACUGGGAAGUUAUCGGCAGUUACCCCUCUCCACGCGUUUGCCUUAAAAAUAGUGUAAACGACAUUUUCCCCGAACCAAAAAUUGAUCGUUUGCUGAAUAGGCUUAUUACUUUCAUUUGGUAAGAUAAAAAGUAGGGGUUACCACGCGUUUUUAGAAGUUAAAUUGGUUCGCUUCGACCUUAACUUAAUUGCUUUGGGGGUUAUUUACAAUUUUUCCCAUCCCCUCCAUGGUCAGUUUCACUAUUGAUUCACACAACGCAGAGUACUCUGGGAUACCUACAAUGGCUGACAGUCAGAGAACAACAACCCACGGAAGAGAGCAAAAGCAGAAAGUGAAGCAGGACAUUUCAUGGACUAUAAGGAAAACAAAUUAUACUAUUCAACUGGAGCUUCUCCAUCUCUAAAAUUUAACAAAAAUUUUUGGAGAGGAGCAAUCUCCAAGGUAUUAAAGAUUACUUCCAGCGUACAUAGAGUAGUAUGGCGAGCUCAAGAUCCAAGGUUGGCGCUGUAAACAAACUACUGUACUGUAGUGGAAAAGAAUCGACAGGCACUCUUAGACAGGUACUCCUUCAAUCGUUUGCUUACCUGUACAUGUCCUCAUGAUUUUUUGAACUGUAGAUGUAAUAUGGAUUGUAAACCUUCUAUCGUUUUUUUUAAUCAUUUUACCGGGUAGCUCGAUCGAAUAUGUUAUUAAACUUGCAUGCAUUCAAUGAGCUUAUAUCUGUGCUUUGCGCUAUCUCUUUCGGGCUUUGCCACAAGUGUCAUGUGACAUAAAUGAUUUGCAUAGACUCAAGUUCCAUACAUGAGCUCUCUUUUAAAAAAGGUGAAUACUGCGAAAGUAGUUGUACCGAAUGCGUUUAUGUACCCUCAUGCAUAUAUAAACUGGGCUAUGAUGAUCAUUUCAUAUAUUUCGUUUUGACUCUUUUUACUGUAGCAUUCUGUGUCAUGAUCAUUCACUAUUUUUCGUUCCUGAAUGUUAAUUUUCGACUUAACAGCGUCUGUUAAACCUAAAAAAGUCUUAGAAUGGAAAUACUUUAUUUUACCUUCCAUCUUUAGUUUGUAAACAGCCAAAUGGCAGCUAUGUCUAAAUGUCCAGAUUAUGUGUGGCGUGAAAUUGAACCUUAAGAAAUACUAUCUACACGACAAGCUGCUCAAUGAGUCAUAAUUUCAAUGCUUAGUAAUGCCAAAAUGCUUAACUAACAAUGAAAAUAGUAGAAAGCAUAACAAUUUUUUACGAUUUUUUCCACGAUGAAAGCGUUUCCUUUGCGGUCCGCAACUAUUUGUGAAACUGCGAAAUCAGCAAUCCAAGCAAUCUUGUGAUAGUUUUUUCUUGUUUGUUCAACAAAUAAAAGUCCCGGACUCUCAAUAAAAGGGACAUCUGUAUGUGCUUGAACGCUUUAUCUAUCUUCUGGUGAAUAAUAACAUCAAAUCUCACAAAAUUAAAGAAAUAUUCGGGAAAUAGCUUAUAGCCGAUUAGCCGAUAAAACGCGAAGGACGCGAGUGAAAGGUAAGCUUGCAGUUUCUCGAUUAAGCAGUGGAAUUAGAGCUAUUUUUCUUCCGAUUUACUGAUCCUUGCCUAUUAAGGGAUUUUUUAAUACCCAAGCUCCAAGCGUACUGACUUUUGUUUGACUAUAAAAUGUUCGGUCAGAUCGAUCAUACGGCAGAAAAUAGCAACAUGCGCAUCCUUCUUCGGUUUUCAAAGAACUGACAAGGUAAAUAGAAAUUAUUUUUCAUCUGUUGAAAAACGACGCAUCUUUUCCACAACAAAUAACUAGAACCUCCCAGACUUACAGGAGACAAAACCAGUCCGCGUGUCCUGCGUGUUUCGUUUCUUUCCCGUCGCGCCCGACUACCUUGGCAUGCGCAGAAAAUGUGCGCAGUAACAAUAGCGGGCACCGUCCUUAAGUGUAGGUUUUAUGCAACCGGGCCCUAAGCCGGUAACUUUCGAAGCUUUUAAGGCCCAUGCGCUUAAAAAUUAUUUGUUUUAGGCAACGAAUUUGUGAUAUUAGACUACUUUGAGACGCGCAUGAACGGAAGUUUUUGUUUCCUCUUGCAAAUACCAGGCGUCAGUACUUGGGAUAGGAAUCCAACGCCGGACUGAGAGUAACCGCUACUCGUUCGUUUUACUGAGAUUAAAAAAUUUUAUAUUGUAAUGACUUUUUAUCUCACCUGUUCACAGAUUCAUACCCCUCCGUGGGGUCUAAUUGUACGUGCUGUCCAAAUUCAUGUAAUGUUUCCGGUUGUGCCGGUAUGACGCCGUCCCCUUUACCUUAUUGCGACGGCUGCAGUGCUGGAUGUGUGUGUUGCUGCUGAGGUACAGUAAAGUGUGUGUUCUAAAUAUGUUACAAUAUGAUUCUGAUUCUAUCGCUUAUUUUUUCAUAGUCUUAACACCUUGUAAGUGGAUCGUUUUCACCGUCACGCAAUAAAUCCGACGUGAAAAAAUAAAUCCCAAACUUUUGAAACAUAAAAGCCAAGUAAAUGAAAUGCUAUAAACGACUGAUGCAUAAACAACUUUUUCAAGUCCCAGGUCUAUGUUGCCUAAACGUUUCACGCCAUGAGACAUUAAACGAUUUCAAUCCCAAGUAAAAAGCCUAAUACAAACAUGAAAUAACACAAUUUAAUGCAGAAGGUGUGUUGUGUAUUUUUAGUCAAGGCCACGAAAUUGUUCUCAGUUCUGCGUCUGUAUCGCUCAGCUGAAGAAAGUCUAAUCCAGAAAAAGAUGCGAGUCAGGGAUAUGAAAGACAUUCAAAAGCCUGUUUGUUUUGAGAUGGAAUACUUCAUUGACUAUAGUUUUGACUUCGCCUCAGCGUAA